AGGGCGAGCAGGAGGGUGGGGAGGAUCCGCGUGUGCCUGGCUGCUCGCGGGAGCCGGCAUGGGGCAUUGCUGAGCGCCUCGGGGGAGCCAUGCUGUCCAGGAAAGGGAUCAUCCCCGAGGAGUAUGUGCUGACCCGCCUCGCCGAGGAUGUCCCGGAGCACGCCCGCUACCGCGCCCGGGAGCGGCGGGCCAGGUUCGUGGGGAAGAACGGCACCUGCAACGUGGCCCACAAGAACAUCCGGGAGCAGGGCCGCUUCCUGCAGGACGUCUUCACCACCCUGGUGGACCUCAAGUGGCCGCACACUCUGAUCAUCUUCACCAUGACCUUCCUGUGCAGCUGGCUGCUCUUCGGCAUGACCUGGUGGCUGAUCGCCUUCGCCCAUGGGGACCUGGACCACAGCACCCAGCUGCAGGCAGGGGGUAGCCGGAGGGCUGGGGAGGAGGCCAGGGGGUUCGUGCCCUGCGUGACCAGCAUCCACUCCUUCACCUCCGCCUUCCUCUUCUCCAUCGAGGUGCAGGUGACCAUCGGAUUUGGGGGCCGCAUGGUGACUGAGGAGUGCCCGACUGCCAUCCUGGUGCUGAUCGUGCAGAACAUCGUGGGGCUGGUGAUCAACGCCAUCAUGCUGGGCUGCAUCUUUAUGAAGACGGCUCAGGCGCACCGCCGGGCCGAGACCCUCAUCUUCAGCAAGCACGCGGUGAUCGCCCUGCGGGAGGGCAGGCUCUGCUUCAUGCUACGGGUGGGCGACCUGCGCAAGAGCAUGAUCAUCAGCGCCACCAUCCGCAUGCAGGUGGUGAAGAAGACCACCAGCCUGGAGGGCGAGGUGGUGCCCCUCAACCAGAUAGACAUCCAGAUGGAGAACCAAGUGGGGGGCAGCAACAUCUUCCUGGUCUCCCCGCUCCUCAUCUACCAUGUGAUAGACAAGAACAGCCCCCUCUACGACAUCUCCCCCCUACACCUCAACCACCACGAGGACCUAGAAGUCAUUGUCAUCUUGGAAGGGGUGGUGGAGACCACUGGUAUCACCACCCAAGCCAGGACCUCCUACCUGGCCGACGAAAUCCUCUGGGGCCAAAGGUUUGUGCCCAUCGUGGCCGAGGAAGAUGGUAGGUACUCAGUGGACUACUCUAAGUUUGGUAAAACGGUGAAAGUGCCCACCCCUUCUUGCACUGCCAGGCAGCUGGAGGAAGACAGGAGCAUCAUAGACUCCAUCCCAUUAUCACCUAAAAGCACCAGUAGGAAGAGGUCUUUCAGGUUGAAGCCCAAAUUUACCAUAACCGAUGAGCCUUCCUGACACCGUUUUAGAGGAAAGAUGCAAUA